AUGGCUCCUCCAGGCGUUGCCGCUCUAAGGAGUGGAAGAAACAAAGGCAACGUUAGAUACGCUAAUGAUGAAGAAGGCUUUGGUGGAGCGGCACUUUCGAAUACGACUUUAGCCAGUGAGGACGAAGAGGAAGACGAAGAUGACGAGGACGAGGACGAAGAGGAAGAGGAAGACUCUGAAAGCGAGGGAGAAGAGGAUGGUGAUGAUGAAGAGGAAGACUCUGGAAGCGAGAAUAAACGCGCAAAGAAGAAGCAACGCAUCGCGGCACCUAACGGUGAGAACAACAAAAAAAGAAAGAGAGCAGAGAUCAAGAAGAAAGAGUUUGAAUCCGCUGUGAAGAAAAUCAACGACAACAAGGUUCUCGCGAACGCAAAGAAGAAAGCGAACGAGAACAACUUUAGAGAAGGAAGUGGUGCUUACGUCGCGUUGGUUGUGCUCCUGGCGGGGAAGGCGGUAGGAAUAAAGAGCAUGACUCCUACCACAAUUGAGGAGUUUGCGAGUCAGUUGAGUUUAGAAGGGGAAACGAAGAACGGGAAGAAGACGAAAAUGGAUCGUCAUACGAUUUCGAAGGCAAUGGAGAGAGACGAAAUUAACUUCAAACGAAACAGAGACGGUACGUACUCUCUGGCGGAUAAGUUGGAGAAGUUGGAGAAUAAGACAAUGAAGGAAGGAAGGAUGGAAGAGAUUGAAUCCGCUGUGAAGAAAAUCAACGACAACAAGGUUCUCGCGAACGCAAAGAAGAAAGCGAUCGAGUUCAACUUUACAGUAGGAAGCGGUGCUUACGUCGCGUUGGUUGUGCUCCUGGCGGGGAAGGCGGUAGGAAUAAAGAGCAUGACUCCUACCACAAUUGAGGAGUUUGCGAGUCAGUUGAGUUUAGAAGGGGAAACGAAGAACGGGAAGAAGACGAAAAUGGAUCGUUCUACGAUUAGGAAGGCAAUGGAGAGAGACGAAAUUAACUUCAAACGAAACAGAGACGGUACGUACUCUCUGGCGGAUAAGUUGGAGAAGAAGAAGGAGACGAAGAAGAAGAAGGAGACAAGAGAGAGAUUUCACGUGCAAAAAAACAAUUGGGAAGCCGAAGCCGGGAAGUUUCCAGGUAUUAAAUUCUUCGACGAGAAAGAAUGGUGCCCGUUGUGUAACGGCCGAACCGUCGUGAGAGAUGGGAGUUACUCAUACUUGUUGUUUUUCUCUCACGAUUAUUUGUGGAACCAAACCAAAAGGUUGCAAGAAAGCGCACGUGGUGGGAAUGAAGUAACGAUAGAAGCUUUCCGUGUUAUUCUUCGUUCCUACUUUGAGAACAAGCUCCACGAGGAAUCUUGCGUCACGGAUUUCAAAUCUUUUCAAAGGGUAGAUGGGCACAUUUGUUAUGACUGUCUGAUUGCUGCAGAGAACUAUUUCAAGGUCGAAAUUGAACAGAAUUGA